UCCAUAACCAACAAAACAUUCCAACAGCACUCAGUGGUAUGUUACAGUAUGUUUAUACUGGAGUAAAGAAUGAAUCGAUUGAAAUGGAGCAAACAUCAUCAUCAGGGCCCAGUUGGCAUGGCCUGUGUGAUAAUACCAAUGCCAUAUAAAUUUUAUGAAAGGAUAUAAUUUUCCUGCCAUUUGGCAUCUCAGAUCUGCGCCAUGACUGUUUUUGGAUUCUGUGAUAGUUAAAUGCAGAAACAUUGCGAUGUAAAACAUACUGUGUAGCCUUUACUAUCAGCAGAGGGCAGAAAUUCAAGCAUCAUGGUGCACGGUGAAAUCCAACUGGUUUAGGUUUGAGGGAGCAAAGCAAGGUCCAGAUUACAUCUGUAUUGUUCACUAAUUACACGAGGACUUCUUUAUGUGUUCAAAUAACUUAAAGCAUUUUCAGCAUUAUAAGGUUGCCCAUUUUAUUGGCUGAACAUUUCUGUGUGAUUUUGCUGACUCCCUCGAUCCUGUGAAUCCAAAAUGUUUCUCUGUAAGGAUUUUUUUUUUUUUUCUUUACGGUUGUUCUUCCUGUAACUGUAAAAAAAACUCACAUCAUAUCAGGAACAUGUGCACUGACAUCUCUGUAGCAGGGGUGUAUCCUAUGAAGAUCGCAACAGUCUAUUCACUGCCAAAAAUGUCCGUACUGCCAUCAUGGACCAUUCAGGGUUGGGACCAAACAUUUUAUACAAAAAGUGGCAAGUUUUAAAACAUCAGAACUGUAAGCUGCCAACAUAAGUCAUGAAUAACAGCACAGUUAUGGCUCUGCGAUACCGUUGAAAUCAUUAUCACAAUGUUAAGUUAUUUUCCUGUAUUGAUAUAUGUCACAAUAAGACAAAUGUAUGGUAAACACCAUAUAAGAUAAUGAAAUUGAUGUUCAAAGCCAUCACUGUCCCAACGUUAUGUAUUACAUAUGACCAAACUGAAACAUUUAUUCAGACAGCAGCAAUUUCUAAAACGAUAACAUUAAAUACGCUUCAACCGAGGUUGAUAAAUGAUAAUACUGAUUUAUCACCCAGCCCUAACCAGAGUAAACUGUGUACAUGUCGAGGGAUCAUCUUUCAUUCAUUCCUGUGUCAAACUGUGUGAUAAUCCCACUUUAUCUCUGUUUUAUAUGAGUGUUAUUGACAGCAGAAUCGAAUGGUCUUUUCUCCCAGUGGAUUGUGUUGUCUAAGUCUUACUUGGAACGGAGAUAAUUUAAAUUACAAAUUGAUUUUGUGUUAUGCUGCUACCCUUUGCCCUCUCUGUGCCAAACCUCAGCUGUUGCGGAAAAUGGUUCCUUUUAUUUUUAUUCCUACAUCGCAGUGAUGAUUGUGAAUUAUGGUCCCUCAGCUCAUCUCCAGGCUAUUUAUUUUUCUGCCUUUUGUCUGUUUUGUUUACUUGUCUUUGCCUUCACAUACUGCUUGAACUGUAACGCUGUUACAUGUGGAAUACAUAUCAGCAUUUCCUCACCAAUGUUACUCACUGGUCUUGUCUUCUUUAAGGUCUACUUGAUAUAAUUAUCUGUAAAUUAUUUGUUCUUAAUUAAUUUGUGUAAUGCAUUAGGUAUAAAGCUUGUAGAAAAACAUUUUUUCAGUUGCCAGACUGGGAAAUCAUUAACUCUCCAGCCGUAGUAAUCACAAACACACCUUUAUAAUAUUAACUUGUACAUAUUUAUAUGUUGUAUUUAAUUUGUUUCCAUCAAUGCUCACAAUGAAAUCACCAAAAUAAUUCCUUAGGUUUCCAAUACACUCAUAGACAUCUCCAUGAGCCCCCCGGUGAAACAUUUCACUUAAGUUUAACCUGUUUGCUACUAAAUCGUGCACAUCGUAAAUGAAUGGUAACUAUCUCCCUGGAAGUAAUGGGUUAAAGCGUACAAGGAAGUACCUGUUUGAUCAUCACAAAGGGAGUAAAGUCCGUGAGAGAGGACAACAGGGAAGGGAUUCCUAGAUAGACUGCAUUUCCUCAGGACGAACUUGUUCACCAUUUGUUUUAUUCUGAGUUUGUAUCAGAUGUGGUUACAGAAGGAGCUGUUUUUUUAAAAGCUGGUUGUGUUAAGCCGCAUCAGACCAAUGGCCAGCAAUCCACAGAGACAAGGCUCAAGGAUAGGUUACCCUGGUGAGCGGCAGCCACUGAGGUCACGACGGGCUUCAUCUCAAGUGUCCAAUCAGUAUUACCCUCAGUUCGACCGGAGCGCGACCCACACAGACGAGGAUGAGGAGGGCAACAGUGGACCCCCCCGGGACCUCAGGAGCAUCCCUCUGCCCAUGGCUCUGAAAAGAGCUGUGAGGCAGGUGGAGCAAAUGCAGGUGCCCGUGGUUUCCAGUGCGGAGUCUUGGAAACGGAACAAGACCAAAUCUCUGAGUAAACUCAAAGACAACGCCAGAGGAGUUCUCCACUUUUUCGCACUGUGGCACGAGUCUCUGCAAAAGAUUGGAGGGAACUUCGGAGGUGGUGUCCAGUCUUACUUUCUGUUCCUGCGAUUCCUGGUGGUGCUCAAUUUUGUUUCCUUCUCACUGAUUGCUGGAUUUGUCCUCAUCCCCAGCAUUGUCUUCAGGUCUGUUGGGUCCAGCCUCAUUAACAGCACCGGUCCAGAGGAAUGCAUGGAUUACGACCCUAAUCCUCAAAGCUUGGUGGUGUUCUAUAAUUAUUUCCUUGACUUACUUUCGGGAACGGGUUUUAUGGAGUAUUCAUACCUGUUUUACGGUUACUACAACAACACAAUGGUGGAGGACAGGAACUUCUCCUACAACAUCCCCCUGGCCUACCUCUUCACUGCUGUUUUCUAUUUUGCCUUUUGUCUCAUUUGUAUCAUAGCACGCAUGGGGACUGCAGCUCGAGUUGCUGUGGCAACAGGAGGCAGCGCUGUGGGCAACUACAGCCUGAUAGUGUUCACCGGCUGGGACUACGGUUGCCUGGGAGACCGAGCUACCCAGCUGAAGCAGAAGAACAUCCACUACCAGCUGCAGGUGGAUCUUGAGGAGGAGAGCAUAAAGAAACGGGCAGCUGCUCUGACUUUGUGUCAGAAAAUUGUUUUAUACUCUCUACGUGUUUUUAUGUGUUUUGUUGCAUUUGCGCUCAUAAUAGCAGCCUUCUAUGCCAUCUUUGUGGCCACCAACUUCAGCCAGCAAAUGAGCGAGGAGCGAGGGAUCCUGGGUUUGAUUUUUGAGUAUCUUCCCUCCAUUGUCAUCACCACCGGAAAUUUCCUGGUGCCUCUGCUGUGUGACCAGAUUGCCUUAAUAGAAAGAUACACCCCUAGCACUACCAUCAUAGUGGCACUAUUAAGGGCAGUAUUCCUGCGUCUGGUGAGUCUGGGUGUUCUCCUCUUCACCCUGUGGCGUCAGAUCACCUGUGAGGGGGACACAAAUAGUGGCACUUGUAAGCUGUGCCAAUACAACCAUGGAGCCUACCCGUGCUGGGAAACACGUGUAGGACAGGAGAUGUACAAGCUGACACUGUUUGACCUCCUCAUCAACAUCGCUAUGCUUGUCCUGGUGGAGUUUCCACGCAGGAUCCUGGUGGACAACUGGUCCAGUAAGCUGGCUCAGUGGGUGGGUCGGCAGGAGUUUGUGGUGCCUUCCAACGUGCUUGGCCUGGUUUAUGGUCAGACUUUGGUUUGGACAGGAGCUCUUUUUUGCCCCCUGCUGCCACUCAUCAACGGCAUCAAGUUUGUCAUCCUCUUCUACUGCAAGAAGAUCACGCUCUUCUAUAAUUGUCGACCAGCACUGAAGACGUUUCGCUCCACCACCUCCACCUUCUUUUUCCUCGUGGUACUCCUAUUUGGCUGGGGCCUGGCCACAGUUGUCAUGAUUUACAGUCUGGCUGAGAUCCAUCCGUCUUUGGGUUGCGGUCCUUUCCGUUCCUUCCCCAACAUGUGGUCGAUUGUUCCAACCUCUUUCUACAGCCUCUCUGAAACUACACAUAAGUUUCUCUUCUUCAUUGGCUCCCAGGCGUUCUCUAUCCCUCUGUUUGUGUUAUCAUGUGUGGUAAUGUGCUACUUCAUAGCUUUAGCCUCUGUCUAUGGGAAAAGUGUUGCUCUGCUAAAAGCGCAGCUAAAACUGGAGGGCCGCGACAAGCAGUUCUUGGUCAAGCAGAUAGAGGAGCUGAGUCGACAGCUUCAGAUACCCAAACAUAAUGCAGGAGUACAGGACUGAACAUAUGGAACAUGUUUGGUGUCUUCAACCUUCUUUAUUACCUUGAAGUCCUCCUCCACUCAAAAAUGUGGUUUGGUCAUUGUUACUCUCUUUUAUGUUUGACCUUGACCCAAAGUUUCUCUGUGCUCACCUUAAAUCUGAGUUUAAGGCAUUUAUUUUCGACAUCACUGCUAGUUUGGAGCCAAUCCUGGUCCAACAGAAAAUUUUAUACAACUGGGGUGUGGAAAAUUGAAGCCUGCAUUGCAUAUACACUUAAGGGUGGUUUUUCAGUGAGGUAGGAGACAUCUUGUAUCCAGUAGUUAAACCUUUUGUAAUGAAAAAUAUUUGCAUAUUCAUAGAUCCUGGAUAUUUUAGUGAGGGAGGAGGUGUAUCUGUCAUUUAAGAAUUUCUAACCGCGUAAUUGAACAUUUGAUGGAAAAACCAUAUCAGAAACAAAUUAUAAAUUAAACGCAAAGUAUUUUAAUAUAUCUUCGAACAUGUCUGGAGGGGAUCUUUAGAGAUGAAACAUGAUAAGGCAUCUAAAAGAACUGUAUGCACCCCUUAUGUUUAAGAUUAUUGAAUUAAAGAUGCUGUGGUUCUCAACAGAUCUAAACAAAGAGGUAGGUUUUUGAAGAAACCUUGAAAAAGUGAAAUUAAAACCUAUUUAUUGUCAAUGAACCUACCUUAGUAUCUAAAUUAGUGUUAUAUGGUUAGAUUACAUAAAUGCCAUUCAAAGAGUGCCUUUAUUAUAAAUGAAAAGAUUCACCACUUUUGCCUGUCUAUGAAAUUAGAUUUGUAUGUUUUUUGUUCCUUUUACAAAAUAAAAA